AUUUUUACGCUUGCUAACACUUUAGCUACUACGCUAAGUAUUGUCGCUAAUACGUGUUAGGCUGUGUCUCAAAACCUUGUGUGCUGACUACCUAGACAGCAUUUUCUGCAUCAAAAGUCGUGGUUUAAUAGAUAAAGCGUUUGGUCUUUAUAGGGAGAGCAACAAUAGGCAGAAAGCUUACUGUUGUACUCAGUUGCAGCUGUCUAAACUGAAUGCAUAACAUAUUGCAAAGAGAGUAUUCAGAUAAUUCAGCUUUAUUAAGAUGAAAGAGCUUCAGAUAGACAAAAAGUAGAUGAUUCACAUUGCAGAAAGGCAGAAGAGCUAAGCAAGGAUUGUUUGCUGCUUGAAACACUAUCUGAGUGUAGCUCCACUAUUGCAUAUUUCCUUUUUGCAGCUGAAAUAAGAACAGGGAGGCUUUACUAACAUGGAAACAGAGAAAGUAGCAGCCGAGGUACCUGCAGAACCAACAACCGAAGUCAAAGAUGCAAAUACAGAGGAAAGCAAAGAGUCCACAGCAAGCACAGACAUUCAGGACCAUGUCACAGAAGAAAACAAAGAGGGAGCUGUAACCGAGAAGGAAGGUGAGCCUUCCAAAGACGUCGACAAACCACCUUGUGACUGGUUGGAGCCACUCGAAGAAGACUGUGAUGAUGUUGAUUCCCCGAGUGUUGAUGGAGAAUUAGAGAGCCUUGCGGGGAGUGAAUGGAGUGGGAGUGUGGUUAGUAUUAGGAAAAACACUGGAGAAAGAGGUGGCAGAGGUGUUGGGAGACCUAGAAGGAGAAUGCAAUUUGAGGCAGAUGAAGGCUGGGAAGAUUGUCCAUCGUUAGGGGAAGGAUGGAAACGCAAACAGGUUUUUCGUCGAUCAGGCACCAGUGAAGGACGCAGUGAUACAUACUAUAUGAGUCCAAGAGGUCAUAAAGUAAGAAGUAGGGUUGAGCUUGUGAAACAUGUAAACCAAUCUGUGGACCUCACAAAUUUUAAUUUUAAAACGGGCCAGUUUCUUGGUGAAGGGCUUCAAAGGAGAAAGAGAAGGAAACUGGAUUCUCCACAGGCACACUUUUCUGUACCCGGUUUUCCAAAUGAAUUAGCUGAUACAGGUGGUGCAGCCGGCAAUCCAGGAUCUUCAGCUAGUCUCAGCUAUGGUACAGUUCCGAAGUUGAGCUCAUAUUCGAUCCAAAAGGGUGCCAAUACAGUGACCACGCCAAAAUGCAGUACCUAUACUGGUCCUGAGACAAAUACCGCUUUACCAAGUACCGCCACUCACCCUAUUGUUGAUUUGAUUGAAGAUUCUGCCAAUUCAAAUCCUCCUCCUUUGGGCAGUUCAGUGUCUGCGGCCCCAAAUAGGCCCGUCAAUGGUGCCAGUGGAGAUCUACAAAAAAUGUUUGGUGUCUGUGAAAAAUGUCAUAAAACCUAUACUUUUGAAGAGGGACAAACUAUGUGCCAGAAUUGCAAGCCAGAGAGUAACACAACAAUACUAAGAUGCAGAAAACCCUACAAAAAGUUGGUUCCAUGUGGACGAUGCCGGGCUUGCCAAAAUACAGUGGACUGUGGAAAAUGUGUUAGUUGCAGAAAUGGUCGGCUACGCCUUCGACACAAUAUCCACUCUCGUAAAGUCGUUAAAUGUCGCAAACGGAAGUGUUUGCGCCCCAUGCGCCCCAGGGACAGAGUUGUAAAGACAUCAGAGUGGCAGUUUUCCAAGAAGGCUGGAUCGAUAAGCACCGCGUCAAAUAUUUUACAGCCCUCGGUCUCAGAUGAUUUUGAGGAAUCACAGAGCUCCUAUCUGCAGUACAGUGACUCAGAGGAUCUGUCAAUGUUCUUUGGGGGUAAUGAUGGUGACAGUGGCCUGGAUGAGAUGGGUGUACCAAAGGUACGUCGUCGUUCAUGUGGGAAGUGUAAAGGCUGCGUUCGCCGUACAGACUGUGGAACCUGUGAUUUUUGCAUGGACAAACCCAAGUUUGGAGGCAGAAAUAAAAAAAGACAGAAAUGCCGUCUACGACAGUGCCAAAGAGAGGCUAUGAAGCAUUUGCUGCCCAUGGAUGAGGCGGAGAUGUUUUUUUCUCAGGGCUGGGUUACACGCGGAAGGCCACGUUACACAUAUGGACGUAGUAGACCCAGGUCCAAAAAGUUGUGGGAUUUCGAGGUUUCAGAUAAUGAGGCUGAAGCGUAUGUGCCAAAGGCUUCCUCAGGUGUUGCCCAGGUGGUGAAUCGGGACAGGCUCCUUCAUCCCAAUUACAAUGGAAAGGCUUAUGGUUAUACUGAUGUUGCUAACAGUUAUUUGAUGAACAACAUCCCACUCUACAAUCCACGAAAAGUUGGGAUGAGCCCUCAGCUGCACAUAGGACGGGUGGAGAUGAUCAAAGAAAAUAGGCUUCAAGGCAGUGGCAUGAGCAGCAGAGCCCUUCUGUCUGCGAGACCAGAGGUUCUUCCUAUGGCAAUUCCACCAAACUGUGCUGGGGAGAGUUUGAGGGAAGGGAAUCGAUCACAAGGUUCGGCAGGUCAGGAGCCAUGUCAAGAAGAGCAACAGGAGGAUAUAUCUUGUCCAUCGAUCACUCAGAUAUUCAGCAUGGCAGAAAGUGACCCCACAAUCCAAGGCAUCGACAUCAAUCAUGAACUGAUGCCUCUCCUGAGGUCUCUUCAUAGCAUGGUACUUCCUGUCCUCUGGUUCUGCGUUGUGGUGGAAGGCCCUCAGUUACAGCUGAUGCAGUGCUCCAAGCGCUCCACUAUGGCAGACACCACUAUUCAUAUUGAGCCCAGCUUCCACUACCACAUCAGCAUCCAGGGACAGCCUCUCCUGCCCACCCACAGAGUCUACGACAGCCACCCGUCUCGUCUCACCACAACAAAAGAGAUUGUUGCCCUCCUCGAGGACCUAGAAAGGUACUCGGUCUGCCAGGGCUCAGGGCACAAAAAUUCAACGGAUGGGUCAGAGCCUGUGUUUCCUGAGCGGGCGGCUACCUGUGACUUCCUCAUUUUUUCAGAAACAGAACGCUGUGAAAAAUGCUGUAUAAAGGGACUAUUCAGCACAAGGGAGUUGAUCUUAAAAAGGGUGCUACCAUUACAUUGACUGCUGAAUCAAUUUUUGGUUACUUUAAACCACAAAUAAGGACUAGCAUUACUUCCCACAUUAACGGGAUAGUUGUUAUAACUGGUGCUGUUAUAUUGCCGUAUGCCCUUCUUUCUUGUUUUGGACAACAAAAGAACAGCACCAGGCUAAGUAAAUGACUCAAUUUUCAUUUUUGUGUGAACUAUCCCUUGAAUGAGUGACCACUAAACAAAAAGAUGUUUUUUGACCCUAGAGUAUGUGAUGCAAUUUGGUACCUACUAUGGCCAAGGAUGCACCUUGAAUUCUGGUCAUAUAAAUGAGGUAGUGAAUGGGCAUGUUUUACACAAUGAAACAUUCAGCAGUUUAACUGUACAUCUUGCCUUGCACUAAAGUUUUAAUAGUGCUUCACGUCCAUUGUGGAUUAAUUCCUCACACCAAUGAUAUAUUUAUAUGUGUUAAUGCUUAUGUACUUCUCAGGGGGGAUUUUUCAGAAUGCAUUAAUCAGAUGGAAGAUCCAUGUUUGUUAAAAGAUGUAAUAUUUGCUGUAUGAUAUGGGAUGAGGUUGCUCUCAUUUUGGAUAGACAAUUUUGUACAUAAUGCAAGUGGCAGCAGAGAAAUUAGAUAAAAUAUAAUGAGAAUGUUUUUUUUUUAUUUUUUAUAAACAUGUCUUUUGCUUUUCGUAAUUUCUGUUUCCUUCAUUACAAAACACUUUGAAUUUUUGUAUGUGCUUUCAUAUAAAUAAUCUGAAUUCUGUUUAUUUAAUAAAUCAUAUUAUCUGUUGGAUGACUGCCAUUAUGUGCUCAAGGCAAUAGAUAUCGCCAUGCUUUGCCAGUUAAUCACAGAACAUUACAUUUUGUAUAACAAGUUUUCUCAAAUGUUUAAAUAUCCAAAACAAGGCAUUAUCUAAUCAUGUAAUUUACAUACAUUUCAAACAGAAUUUUGAACAGUGGAU